AAACCCGGAAGCGGAUCGCGUGAGGUGAAGGUCCUACCGCGGAGCGAUUGAUUUCUAAAGACUCAUGUUACGUGAGGAAGCAGCUGAGAAGAGGAAAGGAAAGGAGCCCGGCAUGGCCCUUCCUCAGGGACGCGUGACUUUCAGGGAUGUGGCUAUAGAAUUCUCAUUGGCGGAGUGGAAAUGCCUGAACCCUGCGCAGAGGGCUUUAUACAGGGAAGUGAUGUUGGAGAACUACAGGAACCUGGAGUCUGUGGAUAUCUCUUCCAAAUGCAUGAUGAAGGAGGUGUCAUCAACAGGGCAGUGCAAUACAGAAGUGUUCCACACCGGGACAGUGCAAAGACAUGAAAGUCAUCACAUUAGAGAUUCUUGCUUCCGGGACAUUGAGAAAGAAAUUCAGGACAUUGAGUUUCAGUGUCGAGAAGAUGAAAGAAAUGGCCAUGAAGGACCCAUGACAAAAAUUAAAAUGUUCACUGGUAGUACAGACCGACAUGAUCAAAAAGAUGCUGGAAACAAGCCUAUUAAAGAUCAACUUGGAUCAAGCUUUCAUUCACAUCUGCCUGAACUGCACAUAUUUCAGAUCAAAGGUAAAAUGAGUAAUCAACUUGAGAAGUCUACCAGUGAUGUUCCCUCAGUUUCAACAUCCCAAAGAAUUUCUUGUAGACCCCAAAUCCAUAUUUCUAAUAACUGUGAGAAUAAUUCCCCAAAUUCUUCAUUACUCACAGAAGAACAGGAAGUACACAUGACAGAAACAUCUUUCCAAUGUAAUGAGAGUGGCAAAGCCUUUAAUUGUAGCUCACUCUUAAGGAAACACCAGAUAAGCCAUUUAGGAGACAAAAUAUAUAAACGUGAUGUAUGUGGCAAGGUCUUUCAUCACAAGCAGUACCUUGCAGGCCAUCAGAGAUGCCACACGGGUGAGAAACCUUACAAGUGUAAUGAGUGUGGCAAGUCCUUCAGUCAGGUGUCAUCCCUUACAUGCCAUCGUAGACUUCAUACUGGAGUAAAACCUUACAAGUGUAAUGAGUGUGGCAAGCUCUUUGGUCAAAAUUCAGCCCUUGUAAUUCAUAAGACAAUUCAUACUGGAGAGAAACCUUACAAGUGUAAUGAAUGUGACAAGGCUUUUAAUCAACAAUCAAACUUUGCACGUCAUCAUAGAAUUCAUACUGGAGAGAAACCUUACAAAUGUGAAGAAUGUGACAAAGUUUUCAAUCGCAAAUCAACCCUUGAGACACAUAGGAGAAUUCACACUGGAGAGAAACCAUACAAAUGUAAGGUUUGUGACGCAGUUUUCACGUGGCAUUCACAGCUGGCACGACACACCAGAAUUCACACUGUAGAGAAAACUUACAAGUGUAAUGAGUGUGGCAAGACUUUCAGUCACAAGUCAUCCCUUGUAUGCCAUCAUAGACUUCAUCGUGGAGAGAAAUCUUACAAAUGUGAGGUUUGUGACAAGGCUUUCGCAUGGAAUUCACACCUGGUAAGACAUACUAGAAUUCACAGUGGAGAAAAACCUUACAAGUGUCAUGAAUGUGGCAAGACCUUUCGUCAAAAUUCAGAUCUUUUAGUUCAUAAAUUAAUUCAUCCUGGAGCACAUUCAUACAAAUAUGAAGAAUGUGAAAAAGUUUUCAGUCGAGAAUCAACCCUUGAGACACAUAAGGUAAUUCAUACUGGAGAGAAACCAUACAAAUGUAAAGUUUGUGACAAGGCUUUUGCAUCUCAUUCCUAUCUGGCAAAACAUACUAGAAUUCAUAGUGGAGAGAAACCUUACAAGUGUAAUGAGUGCGGCAAGACCUUCCGUCUGAAGUCAUACCUUGUAUGCCAUCGUAGAGUUCAUAGUGGUGAAAAGCCUUACAAGUGUAAUGAGUGUAGCAAGACCUUCAGUCAGAGGUCAUACCUUCAUUGCCAUCGUAGACUUCAUAGUGGUGAGAAACCUUACAAGUGUAAUGAGUGUGGAAAGACCUUCAGUCACAAGCCAUCCCUUGUAUACCAUCGUAGACUUCAUACUGGAGAGAAAUCUUACAAAUGUACACUUUGUGACAAGGCUUUUGUGCGUAAUUCAUACCUAGCAAGACAUACUAGAAUUCACACUGCAGAGAAACCUUACAAGUGUAACGAAUGUGGGAAGGCUUUUAAUCAACAGUCACAACUUUCACUUCAUCAUAGAAUUCAUACUGGAGAGAAACUUUACAAAUGUGAAGCAUGCGACAAACUUUUCAGUCGCAAAUCACACCUUAAAAGACAUAGGAUAAUUCAUACUGGAGAGAAACCAUACAAAUAUAAGUGUCUAUUGACAUUCAGGGAUGUGGUCAUAGAAAUCUCUCAGGAGGAGUGGAAAUGCCUGGACCCUGCUCAGAGGACUUUAUACAGAGACGUGAUUCUCGAGAUUACAGGAACCUGGUCUCCCUGGGUGAGGAGAACUUCCCUGCUGGGGAUGUGCCCUUGUGUAUCUUUGCAUUUUCUCUUGUUGUCUUUUGGAAGCCCCAUCGUUCUCUGACUAAAAUGGAAGCGAUAUUGAUUUUGAAAUGAAAAGCUUCAUGAUGUAGCAUCUGGACUUUCACUGUCCCCUUUGUUUAGAUGUUCUUCGUUCUUUGUGAUAGCUCCUUGGGGGUUCCAGAACUAAAGUAGGCAUAAAACGUUAUGGCAGGCUGGGCAUGGUUAAAAAAAAUUUUUUAUAACCUGUAAAAACUACCCCUUCUCCACUAGAACAUUUGUUAUUUAUG